AUGUCUGGUGCUGUUUCUCCUGCAGCAGCACUUCGCGUUCCACGUGAGAGGGACACCGACCAUUGCCGCCAUCGCGCUACUACACUACAGAAGCACACGACGAUUCAAAUUUCCCCACUGCAUCACUGCAGUCAACAACAACAACAACAACAACGACACCAUCAUCAUUAUCAGCAGCCACAGCAACCGUGUCUCCCAGUGCAUAACACGGCCUCUGCAGCCUGCGCCGCUCAUCUGCUGCCGCCGCACGUUCACUCUCUAUUGUAUCAUUCCAUCGUGGGGCCUACGUGCGAUCCGGUGGCUUCACGUGCGCAGGGGAAUGCCACUGUUUCAGUAGGCUCCCCCACGAUGGCGACAGCAUGUCUGCGCACCCCGUACCAGAGCCGACACCAGCAGCAGCAGCAGCAGCAACAACAACAACGGUCUUGCAACACUCCUGCUUCCGUGCGUAUAAAUGUGGGAUGCGCCGCCUCGGCGGCGGUGACAGCGGCGGGGGUGAUGCCCCUUCAGGCGUCGAUGAUGAUUCCCUCGCCCUUCUCCGAAAACGCCUCUGUGGGCAACGGUUCCGGCUCGCCGUCCACCACGCGUGGAUGGCAGACAACUGACACGAAGAAACGUCCGUGCACAUCGCCGGUCGUGUUGUCUCCCGCCUACAGCCCGUCUAAUGUCACUGGACUUGCCUCCACGGGUAUGGUUGGCCGAGCGUUGGAGAGGGAUCUGCUAGCAGCGGAGAACGAUGAAUUGGUGCAGAUUCUGCUGGAGCUUAGCAGCUGCAAUUUGGAGGCCGCACGUUUUAUUCAAAGCAAGGCUCGCCUCUUUGCUAUGCGACAUGCUAUCUCACCAACGAAUCAAUGCGGUGAGAACGGCGAUGGUGUCUCUGGGAGUGAAUCCUCAGCAGUCAUGCAGCAACCGCAGCCGGGUGGCAGCCUCGGUAUUCUGGAUCGCUGCUGCGCUUCGACGCAUCCAACGCCUAGCAAGCCACUGGCGUUCGAAGACGAUACGCCAAGGACCACCGACAGCUGCAGCAACAGAUACAACUCCGCCAUGCGUGCAAGUCCGCUGAACCCCCAUUCUCGAAGUGAGAACUGGACGCAAACGCUCCUGCGGACACCACCUAAUCAGCGCGUUGCUCGGCCACGCGGAGAGGCCAAGCAAAGCCCCGCCUUUACCACCGCUGUUGCGGACACUAACGUGCGAGCAGAAGAGCGGGCGUUUUGCACCGAGGUGCACCCUUGCCUGCGCUGGUACGGCUCGUGCCGGCACCCAACAAGCUGUCCAUUCGCCUUGUGCCCGCAGAAUCUCUGCUUGAAUUGGGUGCGUAGUUCGUGCGUGGCGGGGACCCAGUGUGGUGGCGUGCACCGUCUGCCGGACGCCUGUCCUCCCGAGGUACGUACAGUGUUCGACCUCGGCCACGGCGCUGAUCGAGUGGCCCUGGCGCAGGUGCAAUUACAUCAUCAUCAGCAACAGCAGGCCACCUUCAUGGGUGCAGCCGUCCGACGGCCCGACAGCCCCACCACACCAAAAGAGCAAAUUAUUGUUGACCCCGUCAGUAUCCCUGCGAGCCUGGAGCACUAUCAACGCGAGUCCCAGCAAGGGGAGGAAGAGACCCUUUCGACUGACCAAAAAGACGAUAACUAUGGCAGUGCAUGCAACUGCAGGAGCUGCCGUAGUCUGACGGAGGAUGAGCACGAGCAUGACAAUGAAGGGUUUCAGGGGGAGCAGAAUCAUCAUCAUCAGCAAUUCUUACCGCCUCCACCUGCCCAGCCCGUGCCUCGAUGCUUGAAUGACAGCUUUGCUGGCGCAGCAGACUCCUCUGCCACGGCAGCGGUGGUGUGCAGUGAGGAGUGGUGGCCGGCAUCGUUGAGUCUGUCGAGAGAUCCACGUGUGACCGUUUGCGAGGGUGAGUCGGAUGAGGACGGCGUGGAGCUUCCCCCUCGCAACGCAUGCACCCGCACACAGUCCCCUGUGGCAUCAUAG